GGUCAGAUCAUGGGGGUGGCUUCGAAACAUUUGCACCUAAAGUCACCAAACGCCAUAGGCAAGGUCAACCAGACGGUGACUUGACUUCAUUACAGCCUCAUUCUUCUGGCCUGAUUUGUGUACCCCUUACGUAAGCUAGGAAGCACGUGAGAACCUCCAGCACAUGGGCUCUGGGGGCAUGGCCAGGGCGAUCAGUUUGCCCCACGAAAUGAGGUGCGGGGUUGGGAAGAGUCCUGUGCCCCUCACACGCAGUUAGGGUUGAGGUUAAGGUUGCACCCCACGGAACACCCCAGUCCCUGCGUUGCCCACGGACCAUAAGGACCAUACGGCCCCUCUGAGGCAGCCGCCCUGCAUGUCAAUGUUCAGGACCGUGCCACCCUCUCCCUGCAAUUGGACCUGUGACCAAGGUCUCAGCAGGCCCCGAAGACAGGGUUCAGCGUGUGCCCCAUGAGGAAGUGGGCUGCAUUCCAAAAGAGCUAUCUGAGUUUUCUCAUCUAUACACAGGAUGUGUGGGGAUGGACAGAGCGGAAGGAAGAUAACGUUGGAUCAGGCCAAAGUCAAAACAGUCGACCUGGGCUCACCAAGCAGAGGCUCUGUGUCACCACCGCAGCCCGGGUCUAUUAUCCUCCCCGUCUACAACGCGGAGCCAUGGCUGGACGAGUGCUUGAUGUCCGUUUUGCAACAGGACUUUGAAGGCUCCAUGGAGCUCUCGGUUUUCAAUGACGCUAGUAAGGACAAGUCGAUGACUAUCAUUGAGAAAUGGAAAGCGAAGCUGGAAGAUUCUGGUAUCCUCGUGGUCAUUGGAGGGCAUGAUUCUCCGUCGCCCCGAGGAGUCGGAUAUUCCAAAAAUCAAGCAAUAGCACAGAGCUCGGGGUCUUACCUUUGCUUUUUGGAUUCGGACGACGUUAUGAUGCCUCAGAGGGUGAGGCUGCAACUGGAAGCUGCUGCCCAGCACCCGACAAGCAUUAUAGGUUGCCAAGUGAGGAGAGACCCCCCCAACUCCACUGAGCGGUACACGAGGUGGAUCAACCAGCUAACGCCAGAGCAGCUUCUCACUCAGGUGUUCACCUCCAAUGGCCCAACCGUGAUCCAGCCCGCCUGGCUCUGCGCUCGAGCGUGGUUGGCCCACGUGGGCCCGUUUGACGAGGGCGGGCAGGGUGUGCCUGAGGACCUGCUCUUCUUCUACGAGCACCUGCGACGGGGCGGCGGGGUCGUCCGCGUGGACCAGUGCCUUCUCCUCUACCGCUACCACCCCGGCGCGGCCACACACUCUGUCCUCGAGACCACCAUCUGGACCCACCGUGUCCGCUUCCUGGAAGAAUGGGCGCUGCCACGCUGGGCCACCUUCACCAUCUGGAACGCAGGCAAGCAGGGCCGCCGGCUCUACCGCAGCCUCACAGCCGGGGCGCGGAGCAAGGUGGUUGCCUUCUGUGACGUGGACGAAAACAAGAUCAGGAAAGGCUUCUAUUGCCACGAAGACUCUCAGGAAAGGCCCAAGCCCCGGAUUCCGAUCCUGCACUUCCGAGCUGCACGGCCGCCCUUCGUCAUCUGCGUGAAGCUGGACCUCACCGGGGGCGCAUUUGAGGACAACCUGAGGUCGCUGCACCUGCAGGAGGGCCGGGACUUCCUCCACUUCAGCUGACGGCCCGGCCGCCGCCCAGGAGAGGGAUGGGGGGCGCCGGGGGGAGCACGCCGAGCGGGAGGCGGCACUAAAUGUGCGUGGGGCUGACCUUUCACCCGGAGGGCACGCGGUUCAAUGAGGGGCUGUGUGUCCCUGACUGGCCACAGACGCGCCUCUGCCGCGAGGGGCCCUGCGCUGCCGUCACCCGGCGUGUUGUGUCUGUCCUGCCGGGAGGCCGUCAGCGCACGCCCCCGACAGAUCCCGGGCCAGCCCAGGGGCACAGCUGGCGUGGGACCCGGUUAGAGACGUGGAAACGUGCAGACCGGCCACUGAGGACACAGGCCGUGUGCUCAGAGCUCGCGGGGUGGCGUCUCCUGGCCCCGUGAGGGGGCAGAGACUCGCGUGGGGAGGGGGCUCGGGUGGCCCGACGGGCAGGGGAGCAGGUCUGGCUCUGGCUGCUUGGUCCUUGCUCCCAGGAGGGGCUGGUUAGGGAGGCCGCCUCGGGCAGGCGGCUGCAGGGUUCUUGGCUUGUUUUCUUUUCUUUUUUUACAUUUAUUUUUGAGAGACAGAAAUAGCACAAGCAAGGGAGGGGCAGA